GUUGUAGGUAUAGAUUGAAGUAAGAGGCAUAUAGCUAUAGCUAUUCACUUUACGUCAAGAUGUCGCAGACUGUUGGAAAGACCCGUCUCGCCUUCUCCCGAACAUGGCACUACGUCGACGUCGGCAAUGACCCUCGCAGUCUGGGUAGACUUGCCUCCUCCAUUGCCCUCACUCUUAUGGGCAAGAACAAGCCCGUCUACGACCCCUCCACCGACUGCGGUGACUAUGUCGUCGCCGUCGGAUGCCACGACCUCCGCGUCACCGGCAAGAAGCGCUUCCAGAAGAAGUACUACACUCACAACACCCGCCCCGGUAGUCUGCGGAGCAUGACUAUGGACAAGAUGUUUGAGAAAUGGGGCGGUGGUGAGGUCCUCCGUCGUGCUGUUCGCGGCAUGUUGCCCAAGAACCGCUUGCGGGAUAAGCGCUUGGCUAGGCUGAAGACUUUCGAAGGUCUCGCCCACCCCUACAAGGAGAACAUCGUCAAGCUUAACGGACAGUCGGUCAUCGGAAACUUGCCCGAGGUGAAGGAGGCGUUUAAGACGGCCAAGACCGAUGCGUAAUUGCAUUGUAUUGUCUGCGCAUCUUGUCGACUUGCUGGAUCGGAUACCAUUUCACCAUUUAAACCUCUUGUACUUUUACAUAUGUCAUUGAUAUUGCUGUUGUCAUGUUAUGACUUGCUAGCGCAUGGGUGGGAGUUCUGUGAUUUGAUUCUCUUUCUAUCUUUUAUGUGACAUAUCUUGUUUAUAUUACUACUAGCUACGCUACACAAUUACAACAGCUUGUGCAUUGAUCAUGAUGUAUCAGAACAUGUGAAUGAUG